CAGUAUUUUAGGGACUCCUUCUUGCUCCCCUCCCUCGAAGGGCCCCCUCCCCUUUUGUUUUUCGACCCAGGGCAUGAGCUGCAACCCCCCCUCCCCUUUUUGAAAGGGGUCCCUGAACUAAAUUAAAAGGCUGGAUUGGCAGAAAACAAGAAAAACUUAUAUUCAAAUAUAUUUUAAGCAAGGAAGACACCCCCCCCAACAUCCAACCCCGGGGUGGGAGGCGAGAAGAGGGAGGAAAAAGCAUCCCCCCCCAGUUGGGGGUCUUCUAUGGGUGGGGCUUAGUGAUUUGCAAGCCCUUCCCCCCUCCCCCCCUGUCAAUUUGGGGCGAGGAAUCUGCUCCAAGGAAAAAAAAAAUUGGAGGGGGCUUGCCUGCUUCCCUUUGGGGAGAGGAAUUGUCCACCUGAGUGAGCCUUAUCCACCUCCCAAAAUUCGGACUGGCCGGCCGGCCUGCUUGCCCCUUGAUGCCCAGCGAGCGAAGACUUUUUUAGGACUUGGUUGCCAAAGUAUUCCCAUUAACUCCCUCCCCCCCUUUUAAGGUACAAAAUUAGGGAGCAAAACCCACACGCGCCUCUCUUUCCUGCUGCCUUUACGAAGCUGCCGUGCCGUUGGUUCUCAGCUGGUCCUUGGCCGUGGACGAUCCUUUCUGAGAGCCCCGCGAUGGAUCUAGUGUUCCUGGUGAUCAACGGCAUGGGGAUGGUGUUGGAUCUGCUGGUAAUCCUGCUGGACAUCAACUUCUUCCUCGUUUCCAGCUUCCUCUCCGUCUUGAUCUGGCUCCUCGCCUUCGUUUACAACCUGCCCAAUGCCACAGUGGCCUGUCUGAGCCAGUUCUGGAACGGGAUCCUGGUUGUCGUGCUAUGCAUCGCGGAGGCCUUGUACUACUUGACGCUAUCCUCCGUGCACGCUGUCCUCAACUUGUUGAGGGGAUUCUGCUCCAGCAUGGAGAGUUUGAAAGUCCUGGGCCACCUGUUCACCCACCUGGGCUUGAGAAGCAAAGAAAUUGUGCACCGAGGCUUCUGGAACCUGAUUGGCUCUGGUCAGACGCUUCUGAGACAGAUGUGCGAGGUCUGCGCCAUAGCCAUGAGCCUUGUGGCUUACUUCAUUAACAGCAUAAUCAACAUUUGUCUCAUUGGGACUCAGAACCUUUUUGGUGUGGGGCUGGCCCUCUGGGACACUAUAGUUGGCCCCUUUCUGAGGAUCACAGACCUUCUGGUUGCCUUUCUCGCUCGCCUCUCCAGCAGUGCCAUUGCUACGGCCAUUCUCCUGUGGACUCCCUGCCAGCUGGCCGUUGAUCUCCUGGCCUCAGUGAGCAAGCUGUUGAUCAACGUCUUCUUUGUCAACCUGUACGGCAUGGUGUUGUUCUCUGCGAUUCUUGUCACCAGCAUCUUCGUCCUGAACCCUCAGCUGACUUGGACCCUGGCAAACCAAGUGGACGGCUAUUUGAACACGAUGCCUUCCUACCAUCGCUUGCUCAGGGACAUGCAACGCCUUUAUCACAUCGUGCUCUUGUCCCUGGAGAUGCUGUUGAGCUCCCAGACCUGGCGUAGGUUGGCAGGCUGGGGUCUUGAGGUGCUCAGUUGGAACAGGAACGUCUGGGCAGGUAACCAGCAGGGGGAACGAGAACCGCAGCUGGUGCUUGAAGCUCCCCAAGAAAGGGCAGGGGGAACUGCUGUGGGACAGAGACUGGCUCUAGAAGAACCGUAUCCACGAAGACAAGGGCCAACUGGGACCCCACGUCCCCGCCAAAGAGGCAGCAGGGACCAGACCAGAAUGGACAGUGAUCUGGGAACAGCCCCACAACAGCCUCAGGAGGAAGGACCAAGUGUCUCCCAGACCAAAACUGCAAAAAAAGAGCAACUGAAUGGUUUGGAAGAAGACAACGACCCGUGGCGGCUUCUUAAAGAACAAGAAGAACGGAAGAGAUGUGUUAUUUGCCAGGAUCAAACCAAGACAGUCCUCUUACUGCCCUGCCGGCACCUUUGCCUGUGCCAAGAAUGCGCUGAGAUCUUGCUGCAGCAGGCCGCCUACCAACGGAACUGCCCACUGUGCAGGCAAAUGAUCUUGCAGACUCUCAACGUCUAUCUGUGAGCUCCGGAGGAAGCAACUUGAUCUCCUUCCCAUGUGCUUUUUUUGCCAAAGCACAAGAGGUCCCUGGCCUGUGGACCUCCAUAGCAGCUGGUAAAGGCGCUCGGUGUUAACACUGAGUACCCCCCCACCCCACUUUUUUAAAAAAAAAAAAUUCCAGGGACACGAGUUGCAAUUAGCGGAACCUGAAAAAUGCUAUGAAUUGUUUCUUUGCACUUCUGUUUUUAUGGUUUGUUGCUUUCAUAAGGGAAAAAAAGAAAACACCCCGAUUGCUGGGCACAGCUAAUAGUUGGGAAAUUUCCUGUUGUGAGAGGUGGGUGGCGAAAUCAUGCACCAUAUUCCGAUGUGAGGCUAAAAGAGUCUUAACGGCUGUUUUUCAUCCAGAGUAGAAAAAGCACAGGUGCAGGAUUCCUAAUACCGUUGGGUUUGCUAUCUAUGUUUGGAACAAAGACAUCUGUAAGGUUACAUCGCUGAAAAUAUGAAUAAGAUAAGUCUGCCUCUUAUGAUUGGAGCCAGAAGGUCUCCUGCCACUCUUUUUAUUUUU